AUGUCAGACACAGACCCAAGACCUUUCAAAUGCGAAACCUGCGGCAAAGGCUUCCAUCGUAUGGAACACAAACGGCGCCAUAUCCGUACCCACACAGGCGAAAAACCACACCAUUGCAACUUUCCCGGCUGCGUCAAGCGGUUCAGCAGAAGCGACGAGCUCAAACGACAUCUUAGAACCCACGUCAGCACCUCCCGACGCAAAGGUCGCAACCGGUCAGACUCGGCUUCGCUUGCAGAACACCACCCGGUCGUCAUCCACCAGCUCCCCCCUAUCCACGCCCCAACGGCCACCGUUGCCCGGUCCAUGGCCUCCUACCCGUCCAUUCCCAGCAUAGUCUCCCCCGUCGUGUCGCCAGCCGUUUCGCCUGUGAUAUCCCCCAUCAUGACGCCCAACAUCGCGACCCCCGGGUCCACACAUUUACUGCAACAAGCCGCUUUCCCAGCUUGUCACUCGUUUCUGUCGUCCACUGCGUCGUCCGUCAGCUCCGUGUUCUCUCAUGACAGCUUGGACACGCCCACGUCCUUGGCAUCCUCCCCAGAUUUGAGACACUCGCUGAAACCGCCUGUCACCGCAUCCAUCAUACUGCCCUCCGUGCCCACUGCGUCGCCUCAGAACUCCGCACUUCCAGCUCCUGUGGCUAGUGCGUGUGCACCAACAGUUCUCGACAGGUCUCGAACUCUGCCUCUGGCUCGGCCGCAGGUGAGAGGCCGAAAUGCUCAGCGCGUCAAAUUCCAACUGACAGAUGACGACGACAGCGAUACCAGUCAGACCACAGAGGUGCGUUUGCCACCUCUACGCUGCAUGCUGGACAACAUACAGUCCUUUCAAGAGCGCUAG